AUGCCACCCAAACACAUCGCCAUCGUCACCAGCAGCACGCGCACCCCACGCCUCAAUCCAACCAUCACCCAAUAUGUCUAUGACGUUCUAACCAACGAUCCCACCCUCCCAACCCGCAAACCCUCCCCAACCUCCGCCGAUACCGUCGACACCGACCCGCGCCAUAUUACAUUCACCAUUAUCGACCUCGCCAAACAAUCGCUCCCCCUCUACGAUGAAUCCGUCAUCCCCGCGAGCCUCCCCGCCGACAACCCAACACCCCACUACACAAGACCACACACGCGCGCCUGGUCAGCCGUUGUCCGUGAAUACGACGCAUUCAUCUUCGUCACGCCACAGUAUAAUUGGAGUAUCCCCGCAAGUCUCAAGAAUGCGCUCGACUAUCUGUUUCACGAGUGGAAGGGGAAGCCCGCGGGGAUUGUCUCGUAUGGGUCUAAGGGUGGUGGGAAGGCGACCGAUCAUUUACGAGGGGUGCUGACGGGGUUGAGGAUGAGAGUGGUUGGAACAGCCCCCGGUCUGGUUGUGAAGUUCACCGGGUUACCCAUAGGUGCAGCGUCGGAGGAGGAGGUCAAAGUGGAGCUGGAUGAGAGAGAUGUGGAAGGGUGGAGGGAGUCUGGGGUGGAAGGGAUCUUGAGGAAUAUGGGGAUGGAGUUGGUGUGUGAACUGGAUAAGGAGUAG